UGAGUCCUCCCCCCGAAUUGGCUCGCUUUUCCGUCACUGCGUUUGAGGCCGCCUCGACUCCUGUCUCGAUCAUUCUCUCUCUCUCUCUCUCUCUCUCUCUCUCUCUCUCUCUCUCUCCGCUCGUCUCUUCCUCCUUUCUUUUCGUCCAAGUUCCCGCGGCGGACGCCAAGAAUUUCAAUCUCUCGGUCACUUCUCCAGGCAAAGGGCCGCGACAACCCUAGGUGUGAUCUCUCGGAGAUUUGCUACAGUCCUACGUUUGAUCCUACUCCGAGGGAGGGAUGUUCUUCACGGGGGACGCCUCCACCCGCAAACGAGUGGAUUUGGGUGGACGGAGCUCGAAGGAGAGUGACCGACAGGUGUUAUUGGAACAGGCACGGCUUGAUAGGAAGCGCCGGUUAGUGCAUCGACAGCAAACGUCGGCAGCGAUAAAGAUCCAGAAAUGCUUCAGAGGGAUGAAGGAUGUCAAGAUGGCACGAACAGAAGUGCGGCAGCAAUUCCAUGUUACCUAUGGGGACCGUGGUGAAAAGGCAGAUUG